GAAGCCCCUUCAGACGGCAUUAUUCAUAACCUCGUGUGUCCCGGCCACAGGCACACACUCCUCCCGUCACCUUGACGAGAGUCCUUCGACUUCUCGUCUUUUAACAAUUUCAACCCAGCCCGGCGUUAUCAACAGCCACCGUCACUCCUUCUACAGAAAAGCAUCCGAAAGACUUGAUAUUUCAGCACACUCUCUAAUACUUUUAAUACUCGUCCGUUUACAGCACGCGAUAACUUCAUAGACUUGAGCCUCAUUCUUUCGGCUCAUUUCAACAACUAAUACUGCACCAAACGAUUUCCAGGAGAACUCGGAACUCACCACUCUUUCAGCCAUUGCCACUCUACGAGAAUCAAAAACUUCCAACAACAACCACCACACCCACAUCAAAAUGGUUACCUCACGUCACAACGACGAGACCUUCUUCGUCGAGUCCGAUGACCAGCCCGCGCCAAGGGUCAACGUUCGGGAUGCUGCCAAGCUCAUCGCUCGGAACAAGCAGGAAAUGAUCGCCAACAACCUUUCGCGACUUGCUUGCGAUGAGUACCUUGAGGAUAUCAUGCAGCAUAUCCGUCACAUGGAGGAUGAGACAUUACCCGAUGCUAACCUCAUCGAUAUGCAACGCGAGAUUCAAUGGUUCAUGCGCCCGUACCUUAUCGACUUCCUUAUCGAGGCUCACGCUGCCUUCUCGCUCCUCCCCGAAACCCUCUUCCUCACCGUCAACCUUCUUGAUCGGUACUGCUCCAAGCGUGUCGUUUACAAGCAGCAUUACCAGCUCGUCGGUUGCGCCGCCCUCCUGAUUGCCGCCAAGUAUGGAGAUAAGAAGGACAGAGUUCCCCAGAUCAACGAGCUCAACAACAUGUGCUGUGGGCUUUACGAUGCCGGCAUGUUUACGCAGAUGGAAAUGCACGUUCUCAACACUCUCGACUGGAACAUUGGACACCCGACCGUCGACUUUUUCACUCAGUUGAUCGUGGCCGAGGAAAGGGACAGCAGGGAUGUCGAACACAUGGCGGCAUACAUUUGCGAGAUUGCCUUGUAUCACAGGGAUUUCGUUUCCACCAAACCAUCCAUCAUGGCACGGGUUUCUUUGGUCUUGGCGAGGGCUAUCUUGGGCAAGCCCGAGGUUAAUGAUGGCGAAUGGGACCAGGUCGAGAACGCCACGCUCUUGGCUCUUUCGCAGCACCUUCACCAGCCUUCCGUCACGCUUUCCAGGAAGUAUUCCAGCGCAUACCUCUCCAAAGUGUCUGGCAAGCUCGCCGACUUCCUCGCUCAGCAGGCCGCCAUCAACCGUCGUGGCGGCGCUCCGCCUUCCUCUCCUGGCGAGCUGACCCCCAACUCCAGCAAGGCGUCCAAUGUCUACAGCACUCCCCACAAGGGCCUGGGAGCCGUUCCCGGUGCUGCUGAUGGAUACAUGACUCCUCCGAUCACCCCCGACGCUGCCAGCUUCGCACAAAACGGCACGAUGAUGAAGGAAUAUCCUGCUCCGCGUUGUCCGGUGACCCCGACACCGCAGCCGAACUCGCACAGCCAAUCAUACCCACCAGCAGCACAACAUCAGACUUCAGCAUCAUCAACAUCAUCAUCAACAAAGGCGCCCUCGUACUUUGAGACCGCGCCGUCGUCUCAAGUCGCUUACUGAGUUGAUGUUUCAGUUCAGUUCCCAAGGGUCUUGCUCCAAUGAGUGAGUGAGUCCUGUGUAUAGUGCUGUGUGUAAGGUUGGUUGGCAGCGAACAAGGUUCAGGUUUCUAUAUUUCUCUUAACAUCCGGCCUGCUACUAAGAUGGGGUUUCAUGGUCACGCAUCCAGAUACCAUAGUUUUGACAGAAGACAUUUUGAUUACAACAUUUAAAUUAUCUGGAAGACAAAAGAUUGCACUCAUCACACACAUUCAAUCGGCAUCAUCACGUCACACAUCGCACACAUUUUUGUUUCGCGCGAAGUGGACACACAAUUCAGCGGCAUGGCAUAUUAGCGUUUGACAUUUUUAUUCUUUUUUUGUUUCUAUUAUUUUCUACAAACAAUAUUGAACUACCACCGUUGGGGCAGGUAGUCUUUUUCAAAAUGUUUCCAUACGAUCUUUAUUCUCCCCGCAUAUUGAUCUCGUUCUUUUGACCGCUGGUUGAGAACUGUUCGUCUUCGUCGUCGUCGUCGUUCCAUCGCGGACUAGACGAAACGGAUCCUUCUUCAGCUCACCGGCUUUUUCUCUUCCCCUUCCACCCACCAAAAUCAGC